AUGGAUUGGUGCGGUUGCGAGUUCAUUUGUCGGCCCGACACAUGCCCCAAUGCUGUAACUAGCAUUUUCUGCGCCCGAAACAAUUGUCUGAACGGCAAAUACUGCGGCAAUCGUCUGCGGACUCUGGACGGGCUGCGAUUGGCCAGCGGGGAUGUUGGAUAUUCUGUUUUUACGACCGAGAAAAUCUUUGAGGGUGCUAUAGUGGCAGAGUAUGCAGGCGUUCUCACCACACACGACUACAGCAAGGACAAAAAGCGAAUCAGCGACUAUACAAUUGGGCUCGAGACACGUUCGACUCGCAGACAAAAAUUGUGGAUCGAGGCCCGCGACAAAGGGAACAUCGCACGGCUCAUGAACCAUUCGUGCGAAGCAAACUGCAAAUUCUAUGAAGUCCAGAAUCGACGCUUCGUUACGGUCGUGGUGGUGGCGAUGGAAUACAUUGGUGCGGGGUCCGAAGUUACUGUUGACUACGGGGAUGAGCUCUGGUUUACAUGUUUGUGUGGUUCCGAAGAUUGUCGUGGUGGGUCUGACGAGGAGCUCAGCGAAGACGGAAAUGGCACGGUUGCUAGCGGUAUGACUUCGGACUAG